AUGCCUUCGACGCAACCGUCGGCGCACGAGAGCCUCGUGGUGAAUAACCCAGGAUCUAGGCUCUUUUGGGGAAAACCAACAGGUGGCGCAUCUGAAAUUCGGGAUACUCAGGUCGACAGUGGUUUGCCAAAAUACUAUGAUGCCGCUGUCGGCAUCCCGUCUCCAGUGUUCGAAACACUUGCCCGCACGGCUCGGGAAAAUCAUGUCUUUCUCUCACUCGGCAGCAUCGAGAAGGAAGGAGGCACGCUCUAUUGCACGGCUAUUCUCUUAGAUAGAGAUGUGACGCUCCUGUAUAAGUAUAGAAAGUUGAUACCAACGGCGGCUGAACGCAUGAUCUGGGGCCGCGGCUCCGGCGACGGACUCAUCGUCGCCGAUACUGCGAUUGGCAAGGUUGGUGGAUUAAUCUGCUGGGAGAAUUGCCCGCUGCUAGGCUAG